AUGCUCUCUUUCUUUGUUCUCUUUGUUCGGUCUGAAUUAACAGGUUUUAGUCACAAAGAAAAAAGAAUGGUGGUCUCCGAGUCUGAGAUCGGCGAGGUCGAGUCACCAUUGCAGGGGGCAAAUCAGCAACAGAAGAACCACCCAUUCUCAGAACUUGGAAGGCAAUCUUCAAUUUAUUCUCUAACACUUGAUGAGUUCCAGCAUACACUGUGUGAUGGCGGGAAGAACUUUGGGUCCAUGAACAUGGACGAGUUCCUUACCAGCAUCUGGAACGCUGAAGAAAACCAGGCUAUCAACUCCAACAAUAACAACACCAAUCAUCAAAUCAACUCUGCAAAUAAACAAGAUAGCGAUCAAGUUCAUUUGUCUUUUAAUGAAACAUCAAGCAGUAAAGGUAUAGCUAAGCAGCCUAGUCUGCCAAGGCAAGGCUCGCUUACACUUCCUGCACCGCUGUGCCGGAAGACGGUCGAUGAAGUUUGGUCUGAGAUACAAAGAGGGCAGCAAGGACAAGGGCAGAGUAACAAUAGCAACGUACAAAAUGCUGAUGAGAAUGCCAGUACUCGGCGGCAGCCGACUUUUGGUGAGAUGACCUUGGAGGAUUUCUUGAUCAAAGCAGGGGUAGUAAGGGAACAAUGCAUGCCACCACAACCACCAUCGGUACUGCCUUCACCGCAUCAUCAGCCACCACAAUAUGGGCUGUAUCGAACGGGCAAUAACCCUACAGUUAGUCCAGGUUUUGUUUCCAGGCCUGUUGGCUUUAGUGGGACUGCAUACCAGACAAUGCCUCCAGGUUUGAAUGAUGGUAAGACUGGUGGUGCCUACCAGCCAGCUGCGCCACCACUAACAACGGUUAUUUAUAAUGGGAAGGUAACUGGUGGUGGUGGCUAUGGACCGGGAAAGACAAUCGGAGGGGUGGCUCCAGUGAGUCCAGUCUCAUCGGAAAGGCUUUGUACCAAUCAAGUUGAUAAUGCAGCUUCACAAUUCGGGAUGGAGAUGGUUGCGGUACGAGGAAGGCAAAGGAUCAUCGAUGGUCCAAUAGAGAAGGUGGUCGAGAGAAGGCAGCGUAGGAUGAUUAAGAACAGAGAGUCAGCUGCAAGGUCUAGAGCUAGAAAACAGGCAUACACAGUUGAGCUAGAAGCUGAAUUGAAUCAAUUGAAACAAGAAAAUGCCCACCUUAAGCAGGCUCUGGCAGAACUCGAGAGGAAAAGAAAGCAGCAGUGCUUUGAGGAAUGGAAAACGAAAACACAAACAAAAGCCCGGAAAGCUAGAGAAAGACUAAGAAUAAUGAGAAGUCUGAGUUGUCCAUUGUAAAGCAAAAAUAUGUCACUGCCAGGAAUACAAAGGAACAGGAAAAUAGAACACGUGGCCUGGAGUUUCAAUUCUUACAAA